GAAUGAAAUUUGACAGCAUUGGAUGAUAAAUGUCCUUGUGUAAAAUUAGGGUAUUUGUAACUCGGCAUCGAUUAAUAGAGAGAGUAAACAUUUAAAACGCGACAACACGUUGACCAAAAACUGUGACAAGCGUUAGAGCAGAAAUUAGCUCGUCUCUUUCACCUUUUACUGUGCUUUAAUCUGAUCACUCUCUCUCGGUGGUCCCCCGUCUAGUUGUGAUGUAGUUCUUAUCAAAGCCCUCCUGUCUUGUUGUGACAGCUCUGAUAUUGUUUAUUGAGGUGGAUGUCGGGUUUAAUUAGCAAUCGAUAUGGAAAGCGUUUGCAGACCGCGCCUCUGACGUCAUACUCGAUUACCGUUUCUCAUUGGUCUCAAAUUCCCAAAGCCUAGGCUAAUUAUUGGAAGGUUCAUGUUGAUAAAGUACAGCUCAUCCUUCCCUCCACAUCAUGUCCCCUCCUCGCUGGCCACACUCACUGCAUGAUUUUUAAAUUCACAUCACCAGCCUCCAGACGUCGUUUCCUUUUGCCUAGGAGAUGAUGGACAGCAGGAUACUGGAUCCACCUCAUGCCCAGUUCGGAGGCUCUCUCGGCGGAAUGGUGGGCUUUCCGUACCAUCUAAGCCACCAUCAUGUUUACGAAUUAGCCGGUCAUCAACUUCAAUCUGCGGCCGCAGUUCCUUUUUCAAUAGACGGAUUACUUAAUGGUUCCUGCACAGCUUCAGUGGUUAAUUCGAACCCCCUCUUGUCUGGCUGCGGUAUGAAUGGAGAUAACCAGCAGUACAAGCUGACAGAUUCGUGUGACCCAGACAAGGAUAGCCCUGGUUGUAAGAGACGACGAACUCGCACCAAUUUCACUGGUUGGCAACUGGAAGAGUUAGAAAAGGCUUUUAAUGAGAGUCACUAUCCGGACGUGUUCAUGAGGGAAGCACUGGCUCUGAGAUUGGACUUGAUAGAAUCGAGGGUACAGGUAUGGUUCCAAAAUCGUAGAGCUAAGUGGAGGAAAAAAGAAAAUACAAAGAAGGGUCCAGGUCGACCAGCUCACAACUCCCACCCAACAACAUGCAGUGGAGAGCCCAUGGACGCGGAGGAGAUCGCCAGGCGAGAACUGGAGAGGAUGGAGAAGAAGAAGAGGAAGCAGGAGCGAAGACUGUUGAGGUCCCAGAAUAAACUAUUGUCAGGGGACCUAUUUCACACCCCAGGAUCUGACAGUGACAGCGGAGUGUCACAAGUGACGGACAGUGAGCAAAAUCCACAUUGUGACUCUGUAGGCCGAAACCAAACCCAAUCGAGCUGUGACCAAACACCACAAACCCUCCAGAACCAAAGACACUUGAACCAAGAUGCUGGUGGAUCCGAGCUGGACUCGUCCGACAGCAGUCAACAGUCAAGCAUGUGCGCCAACAGCAGAGCCUCCACCCUUCAGAAACUGAACCCCUUCAGCGUAGAGAGCCUUCUAUCCGACUCCAGACCAAGGCGCAAACCGAACAUAGAUGGAUUUUCUGCCUUACCCUCCUCGCGGCCUUUGAUAGGGAAAGGACAUUUCUUACUCUAUCCUAUCACCCAGCCGCUUGGAUUCAUUGUUCCUCAGACUGCUUUGAAGACAACACCACCAGACGCAGAUACUGACAACUCCACACAAAGAACCCCAGUGAAUGACAGCAUCUUCUCUGCCAAUACUGGACAUAAAAACUAUAAGGAGUCCAAUAAUCUCAAUGACCCGACAGCAAUCAAAGUGCAGGUCAACUUUACCGCGAAAAAUACUAGUUCCCCACAGAACAGCCCAGGCCAUGUUACCUUUUCCAGUAGCAACUUUAGUCAGCCUUCAGCCAGUUGUAGUGCAACAUAUUUCCAAGAUGAUGAUGAUUCAAAGUAUCUGCCAUUAGACAAAAAAGAGCAGUCUGUAAAAGACUACCCAGAGAGUUCCGAGUUUGUGACAACCAACUGUCCACCAGAGACAAAGACAGAGCCUCAAGAUGUCGAUAUGGAAUAAUAGACCUAUAGGUGAGAAAAAAUAUUGAUAGCGUCAACAACACCUUUCGUUUGCCCAAAGCUCAAUCACGUCUUAGAAUAUAAACUCUCAUUUUACAGAUGACAUAUAUAGCCUAUAUUCUGAUGAUGAUGGGUUAUAACUGUGUGUGUGUGUGUGUGUGUGUUUGUUGCGUGCGUGCGUGUAUAUGUGCACGUGUGUGUGUGGUGGUGGUGGUAGUAGUACUAGCCCCCCUGUGUAACAAACUGUAAAAAUACAUAAAAACCACAAAAAUCCUCAAAGGCUGUAAAAAGUAUUAUAAUAUUUAUAUAUGUACGGUUUUCAUAAAUAAAUCGAUUGUAUACAAUAAA